AACUUUCCUCACUCCCUCUCUCGCCUACAUGCUAUUGGUUUCCGUGGAACUAUCCAGAUAAGAAGAGAGAGAGAAAAACAAGAAAAAGCGCUCCCAAUUCGCUUUUCCCUCGACCUUUUCGGUCAGCCCGUGCAAUAUAUUUUCGACAUGUCACUCUUUGGAGGACAACCCCAGCCUGCCGCCACGACGGCCGGUGGGCUCUUUGGUUCGGCUACCGCGAAUAAACCGACUGCAACGGGUGGUGGGCUUUUCGGCUCUACAACACAGACUCAGCCGCAGCCGCAGCCGCAACAAACCGGGGGAUUUUUUGGAGCUGCGACUCAACCGAAGCCACAGACUACUGGGGGAUUUUUUGGAGGAAUGGGUCAGACACCGAACCAGCAGCAGCAGCAGCAGCCGCAACAGACGGGAGGAGGUUUGUUUGGGGGACCGGUAGGGGGACAACAGCAACAGCAGAAACCACAGGGGAGCUUAUUUGGAGGAGGAUUUGGGCAGCAGCCACAGCAGCCACAGCAGCAACAGGGCAGUGGGUUCUUCGGAGGCAUUGGCCAGACGCCGCAACAGCCUCAACAGCAACAGCAGAGUCUGUUUGGGGGAUCUUUACUAGGUGGACAGCAGCAAGGACAGCAGCAGGCCCAGGGACAAACCCAACAGCCGCAGCUGGGCCAGUCGAUAGCGCAGCCCCAGGGAUCGAGUCUGUGGUCACCCGGGCGCGCGGUGACGGGUGUCCACCGCACCGUGCCGAUGCAGGUGCAGAUCGUCAAGGACAAGUGGGAUCUGCUGAACCGUGCGUCUCCAUUCCGAGCUUACCUGUAUAAUAAUGUCGGAGAGGACGCCGCGCCGUUCUACCAGCCUGGACCGGAGGACGACGAGACCAAGUGGGAGGAAGCGCUCCGGAAGAGACCGGGUCCUGGCUAUGUGCCUGUGCUGGUGAAGGGGUUCUGGGAGCUAGGCAAGCGAGCACAGAGACAGAAGGACUUCCUGACCAUGAUGCAGACGCGUCUCCACGAGAUCAACAACUGUCUGUCGGAUUUGCUCUCGAGGCAUGAUCUCAACCUUUCGGUCAAGAUUGCCGACUGUCGCCGUAAACACCUCGUGCUGAGCAAGCGGUGUCUAGCGCUCGCGGCCAAGACCCAAGUUCUGCGGAACAGGGGAUAUGCCAUGGACGACGCAGAGGAAGAGCUGAAGAAGAAGCUGGCGCAGCUGGAACGGUCCGUAUUCGACCCAUCGCUGAACGGCCGCGGCGAGGAGAUCUGGGCCCGCAUGUUGGCUAUCCGCGAGCACUCGAAACGACUACAACUUGAGAUGGAAAGGGCCGGUUCAACAACUGUCGCCCAGGCGGAUGACGAGCUGGACGAGAACACAAUGAAGAUGGCGAAGAAGAUUCUGGACGACUAUCAUGCUCAGAUUCAUCACCUGCAGAAGGAACUAGAGUCGGUGAAAAGGGAUUUUGAAGAAUCCCAGACGUUCAACGGAUAG